GUAAAGAAUGGCUUAAAAGAUUUUACAAAUUUACAUUACCAGGUACCCCAAACAGAGUUUUCAUCUGAAAGGAAGCCUAAGAAAAUUGACUUUAUACUUCCUCUUGCAGGACGGUUGGUUCUUUUCAAAGGUUUAUGGAUGAUUUUCAGCGUAUAUGUUUGGAAGGAGAGGAAAAUGUGAGGUUAUUUGUAGUUUCAUUUCGUCCUUCCCCUGGGGAGGAUGAUACAUCCGAAAACGUUGAAGCCUUGAUUUCUAGUCUACAACUUGAUUAUCCCCAUAUCCCUAUGAAUGUUAUUCAGACAAAUGCAACUUUUGCAAGAGCCCUGGCCCUUGAAUUAGGUGCCAGUCAGUGUGCUGAUAGUGACUUGAUGCUUUUUAUAGAUGUUGACAUGACAUUUUCUUCUGCAUCAUUAGACAGAAUUCGUCUUCACACUAUUAAAGGACAUCAGGUUUAUUACCCUAUCGUAUUCAGCGAAUUUGAUCCUUAUAUUUCAAGAAAGAAUACUGCAGGUGGUUACGAUCACACAGUGAUUGAUGAAACUGUUGGUUACUGGAGAGCGUUUGGUUUUGGGAUCGUUUCAAUAUAUCGUUCUGACCUACGUAUGGCUGGUGGACUAGAUACAUCUAUUUUAGGUUGGGGCCGGGAAGAUGUGGAUCUCUUUGAGAAGGUGCUCAAAAGUGGCAUUAAGGUGUUCAGAGCAGCAGAUCCAGGACUUAUCCAUAUCUUCCAUCAUGUUGACUGUGAUAAAAACCUUGAAGCCUCACAGUAUGAAAUGUGCCAAGGUACUCUUUACAGUACUUAUGGUGCCGCCCCAACAUUGACAAAAACUAUUUUAGAAAACCCUGUUAUCUUGGAUGAUACAUAAGGGAAAUUAGCCUUUGAUGGACUUAAUUUUUAUCUGGGUAUUGAAUCCGGAAUGUUAUAGUAAUUUUGUAUCUUUGAUACUGUAUAUUCUUAUAUAAUUUUCUGUAUAUGUACGGAAUGUUGGUAAUGUGAAUAAAAGUAAUUAAUUUACGGUUAUUUGUAAGUGCUAUGUAAUCAAAAUUUUAAUGAUAAUGGUAAUGUAUGAUUAUGUUGGUGCUCUUUGUCGUUGGCAGGUGUGGUUUAAACAUUAGUUAUUCAUAGUGUGUUACAAGGGGUAACUUUCAUGUACACCAUGGGUAGUCAUGCUCGAUGGAAACACAGUACUGCAGUAAUAUAUGGGGGAAAAGUGAUGGAUUAGGCAUUAGCUGUCCUUAUGAUGGUUAUGCUCUUUAACCAUUAGCCAAGAAAAGAAACAUGGAUAUGCUCUUUAUAAUUAUGGACAAGAAAUCUAUCAAAUUAAAUAGAACCUGUAUAUAUGCAUUCAUGCACACACACACACACAUAUAUGUAUAUAUGAAAUUGUAAUAGCCACAAUGCCCUCUUAACUUUUUGAAUUCUUUGCUCUUUUUUGGAUACGCUUGUCACUACAAAGCCUGAAGAUCCAAGUUCGAAGCAAUUUUAAGAAGAAAAUGUGAUGUCCUGUCCUGGGAAACGAACCCAAUAAUCACAAAGAGGUCAAUGUGACCUCUGUGAUUAUUGGACCUGGGUUCGUUCCCAGGACAGGAUAUCACAAUUUCUUCAAAUUUCUUUGAACUUGGAUCUUCAGGCUUUGUAGUG